AUGGGUCGUCAAGCCAAAAAGGACAAAAAAUCAAAGUCCAGUAGCGUGCCUAAGAACGACGUGGCUGAACAACUACACGAUAUUUACGGGAGUUUUCAAAAAUGCUUGGAUCUUCGUGAGAAGUACAUGAGGGUUUCUUGUCAACGUGUGGGCGACAAUCCGAGCAAUAACGAUGACUGGAUAAUUUACCCGCCGCCUCCACCUCCAUCUUGGCCCCCGCCAGAGAACCCUGGUCGUGUCUGGGACGGCCCUAAGAGCAUUGGGAGUGAUUUCAUCAAGGAGGAGGUCCCUAUUCCAGGAAUGUGGGACUAUUUAUUUGAGUUGGACGACACUGGUGUCUACCAGGUUUAUAGCUCAAAGGAAGACAUGGAUGCUAAAAGGCCUAUCGUCAACGUACCUAAGCCUAAAGAGUAUUUUCAAGACCUAGACUUUGUGUUUUCGGUCAUUUCGGACGGCCCCAUAAAGAGUUUUGCAUAUCGUCGCUUAAAGUAUUUGGAAAACAAAUGGAGCAUGUACACUUUGCUGAAUGAAUACCAAGAACUUGCAGACUCUAAGCGGGUGCCUCACCGUGACCUCUACAAUGUUCGAAAAGUCGAUACGCACGUCCAUAAUAGCGCCUGUAUGAAUCAAAAGCAUUUGCUUCGCUACAUCAAGGCUAAGGUGAAAAAGACGCCUGAGGAUGUGGUGCUUUCCCGUGAUGGAAAAGAUUUGACACUGGAACAGGUCUUCCAGAGUUUAGAUUUGACCGCGUACGAUCUGAAUAUUGACACUUUGGACAUGCAUGCGCAUAAAGACACGUUUCAUCGCUUUGAUAAAUUUAAUUCGAAAUAUAACCCGGUCGGUGAGUCUCGUCUUCGCGAGAUUUUCUUGAAGACUGACAACAAGAUUAAAGGCCGGUACCUCGCUGAAAUCACUCGCGAAGUGAUUUCAGAUUUGGAGGAGAGCAAGUAUCAGAUGGCUGAGUACCGCCUCUCAAUCUACGGGCAAAGCGAGGACGAAUGGGACAAAUUGGCUGAUUGGGUGGUUGAGAACAAAAUUUUUUCACCUAAUGUGCGAUGGUUGAUCCAAGUACCUCGAUUAUACAGUUCCUACAAGGCCGCUGGGACCAUGCAUAACUUUGAGGAGCUGGUGCAAAACAUCUUUAAGCCUCUAUUCGAAGUUACUCGUGAUCCAUCCAAACACCCCAACCUUCACAUCUUCCUCCAGCGGGUCGUAGGAUUUGAUUCUGUGGAUGAUGAAUCAAAGGCAGAGCAACGUAUCUAUAAGAAGUAUCCUUUCGCGCGCAAUUGGGAUAUAUCCAUGAAUCCUCCCUACAGCUAUUUCCUGUAUUACAUGUUUGCCAACAUAGCAAGCCUGAACAACUUCCGUCAGAAGCGCAAGUUCAGCACAUUUGUGCUCAGGCCACAUUGCGGAGAGGCAGGCGAUACGGACCAUUUGAUAUCAGGAUUCCUUACAUCGUUUGGUAUAUCACAUGGAAUAACGCUCCGCAAGUCGCCAGGGAUGCAAUACUUGUACUACUUGUCACAGUUGGGGAUUGCUGUGUCUCCCUUGUCCAAUAACGCGUUAUUCCUAAACUUUGAGCGAAACCCUUUUCCAAAUUUCUUCCAUCGCGGACUUCACGUCAGUCUGAGUACAGACGACCCACUACAAUUUCAUGUUACAAAAGAGCCAUUGAUUGAGGAAUAUAGUAUUGCAGCUCAGAUCUGGAAAUUGUCGAAUACAGAUAUGUGCGAGAUUGCACGUAACUCUGUGCGUCAUUCUGGAUUCGAGAGCAAGAUUAAAAAGCACUGGAUUGGCGAAAAUUGGUACCUGCCAGGAGUUCCAGGAAAUGAUAUGGGCAAGACUAAUGUCCCUAAUGUCCGUAUGGCAUUCCGAUAUGAAACACUUCAAGAGGAAAUUGAUAUGUUUAAACGGCGCAAGAAGACACGUCAACAACGACAACGACAGCAGCGAGUUGCAACGAACGCUUCAGGAGAGCAGACAGAGCAGCCGAAGUGA